GCAUGUUUUCAUUCCUGUCAGACUUUGUUAGGCUGCAUAUUUUAUGGUUUAUUACACUUAAAGAAGAAAAGAAAGGAAUUAGUUUUCUAGAGAAAAUGGAAAAACUUGUAGAUAAGGCCAUAAAAAUAAAUGUGCAAGUCUCACAGAAGGUACAUUUUAAAACUGGUGCUGCAGUGGCUCUUAUCGUGAUCUCACAAUAUAUGUAUGUGUAUUUUUAGACAUGUUGAGCAGUUUCUAGGUUUUAUUUCCUAUUUAACACGUUGGUUGUUACUUCAGAAGUUUUGGUUGAUUGACAAAGCGAGAUGUUUAGUCGCUAAUGCUAACAACUAAAGUACCUCUCAUAUUUCUACACUGACUACUGACAGCAGUGAGGUAGGACUACAGUACUAUGAUGCUAUAAGUUGACUCGCAGGAUUCAAGUUUCAGGGCAACGGACUUAUAAUAUGAGAUCACAGUGGUGUGUAAAGGAUUUGACUGUGGGUUCUUCAUAAACCCAAAGAGACAACAAAGUUGUCCUGCCAAGCACAGCCAAACACAGACGCCCAGGAGUCUGCUCAAGGUCUCUCCAACCACACAGCCCACUCCUUUUCCAACUUAGAUUCAGGCUGAAAAACCCCCCAAAACAAGACUUAGAAAAGAGAAAAGCAUGAAAGCAGGACACAAGCUCUUCAGUUCAGUGAUUCACUCAGAAAUGGGAUGACCUUUUGACUGUAUAUUUUUCAUUCUCAACUUUUCCUGUCUCUUGUUGUGGCCAAAGGUCAUAUCAGUAAGUGUGUUAUUUCUAAAAAUUAUUGUGAAGCAAUUAGAAAAAUUAUAGUCUUGUCUUUUUUUAAACAUUGGAAAACUGCACAUUGAGGUUGUUCACGAAGCAUUAUGUCUCUUCCUGUGUUUGUUUUGACAAUAUAUUGGUUUGUUCACCACGAGGGAACCAAGAGACAACCGACCAUGUGUCUGCCAUACAAUGCACUGAAUGGUAACUGUGUGGAUAACUCUUCCUGUCCUUGAUCCCGUGUACUGUCAAAACAGGCGACACAUCCCAACAUGAGGACGUACUACUUUUGCACAGACACAGCCAAAGAGAUGGAAUCUUGGAUGAAAGUGAUGACAGAUGCUGCACUCGUGCAGUCAGAGCCAGUCAAAAGGUUGGACAAACUAAAAGUGGAGCAGUGUGGACCUCAAGAGAUCAACCAUGUGGCCAACCAUAGAACAGAAACCGAAAUCCAGAAGAAUGAGCGCAACCGUGAGGUUGACCGUGAGCACGCAGCCGUCUCCCCCACCACAGAAGAAGAGGAGAGAAAGCAGCGAGAUGCAGAGCGCUACGGCUUCCAGAAGGAUGGGGCCGACCGUGAACGUCCACUCACCAAAAUAAACAGUAUCAAACUGCAGCCAGCGCAGGCGGCAGCCAUCAAGGCUAAUAUGACCUCGCCGCAGCCUCAGACCGAGGUUGACGGAUCACAACACAGCCCCCAAGUUAAUGGAUCUGGAGAACAGCGUCCAGCUAAUGGGACUGGAGUCCCUCCUCUGCAAAGUUCCCCACAUGAGCCGGAUCGCAGCCUGAGUCGGACCAGCUCGAUGCAGCAGCUGGAGCAGUGGGUUCGCACACAGAGAGGACGUGGCCAGGACGACGAUACCAGAAGCAUCACAUCGUACCAGACGCUGCCUAGAAAUUUGCCAAGCCAUCGGGUACCCUACAUGCCUCAUUAUGGAGAUGGAUAUUGCAGUAUGCCCAGGAAUAGCAUGGCACAGCGGGACAGCAUCUGCAGCAUGUCCCCAUCGGUAUAUGACCAGGCCAUGGGUCCUUCAAUGACUGAGAAACGCCGCUCCAUGCGCGAUGACACCAUGUGGCAGUUGUACGAGUGGCAGCAAAGGCAGGCCUACAGCAGGCAGCCAGGGCUGUACAGCAAUAUGGCCAGUCCCAAAACCAUGAUCAACUUGUCAGAGCAUGCUGCACCGAGCCACUCCAUCCCCCCCUCGCCCUCCCAUGGCUCCCUGUCGAUGUACGGCGGCUACUCUCCAAUGAGAUCUUACAACAUGGGCAACACUCGCUCUGAAAUUUCCUCUCCCAUCUUCCGAAGAGAGAUGACUGUUGAGAGACGGCAGAGGCCACCAGUCAACAAGUAUGCUUACCUGCCUGAUAGGAGGUCUAUGCCAGCAGGGAUCCCAAUCCAGACCAUCACUGCCCAGUCUUUACAAGGCAAAACACCUGAGGAACUGACUUUGCUGCUGAUAAAGCUGCGUCGGCAGCAGGCAGAGCUAAACAGUAUCCGGGAGCACACUGUAGCACAGCUUAUGCAACUAAACAUGGAUGGCGACAACCCAAAGAACGACAUUCUUUCUCACCACCUCCAAAGGAACCUCAUGUAUUUGGACAAUCAGAUGAAGGAAAAUGAGCCUUUAAUCGUCAUGACUCACACUUUGAUUGAGAACUCUGCCCCAAGGCCUCAACUUUACCAGCAAAUGAGUCCAGAGAACUACAGGGAACAAGCCUAUACAUGCAUGCCAGAAGAAGUGGACACUGAUACUAAACUUAGCAUGCUGUGUGAGCAGGACAAAAUGGUCAGGAUACAGGAGGAAAAACUGCAGCAGCUGUACAGAGAGAAGCACACUCUGGAGACAGCACUUCUGUCAGCUAGCCAGGAGAUAGAGUUGGGCUCCGACAACCCGGCUGCCAUGCAGAGUGUCGUGCAGCAGAGAGACUUGCUGCAGAGCGGCCUCCUCAGCACUUGCAGAGAGGUGUCCAGAGUUACUGCCGAGGUGGAGCGGUUAUGGAGGGAAUAUGACAGGAUGGAAGGAGAUGUGACUAUGGCUAAGAACAACCUGCUGGAGCAGCUAGAAGCACUGGGAAGCCCUCAGACAGAACCACCCAGCCAGCAGCAUGUCCGCAUCCAGAAGGAGCUGUGGAGGAUUCAAGAUGUGAUGGAGGCCCUGAAUAAACACAAAGCCCAGAGAAAUGCUCUUGAUGGGAUGGGUUUCUAUGGGCCCAAAGCCAACUUCAGUAAGCACAAAAAUGAGGAGGAGGACUCUGUACCCCCACGGCCACCCCUACCCCAGUCCUACGAGCCCAACCCCCCCACCGUGCCCCCUAUGCCGUCUCAUCCCGGCGUGCGCCCUUCAUCACUCCACAAGCCAGAGGACAGGAAGGCCAAUCACAGGAAUAGCACGCACAGCGGUCCUGACUACAGACUGUACAAAAGUGAGCCAGAACUCACCACAGUGGCUGAAGUGGAUGAGAAUAAUGGAGAAGACAGAUCUGAAUAUCCAUCUGAUAGAGAACAUGUUGGAAAUAAAGGUAUGUCCUAUCCAGUUGGUAUCGUCCCACCAAGGACCAAAUCUCCAGUGCCUGAUUCCUCCUCCAUAGCUUCAUAUGUUACAUUAAGAAAGAGCAGGAAGCCUGACCCUAGAACGGAGCGUCCACGCAGUGCAGUGGAGCAGCAGCUGUGUGCUGUGGAGAGCAGCCGACCCAGGAUGAGCGUGGAGGAGCAGCUGGAGAGGAUCCGUCGCCACCAGCAGGGUACCCUCAGGGAGAAGAAAAAAAGCCUCAGCAUCAGGGGUAGCAGCCAGGAGAACACACCCUCUCGCAGCCACUCAUUUACUAAAGAAAACCAUUACCGCAACACGCAGUUUCAAGUGAGACGCAGAGAUGAGGUGAUAAGCAGUGACAUUCAGGAGCUGGAGGCCUCUCUCAGGCAGCAGGAGGUGGUGGGGGAGCAGGAGACGCCCGCUGAGGAGAUAGCUCGUCUCAAAGAAUCCUCCCAGGCUGAUCACUUUAAUGUCGACCGAGAGCUUUCUGUGCCUGACAAAGUGCUCAUUCCUGAGCGUUACAUUGAAUCGGACCCUGAGGAGGCUCUGAGUCCUGAGCAGGAGGCUGAUAAGCAGAGAAAAGUCGACCGCAUCAAAGCCCUCAUAGCCAAAAACAGCAUGCAGAAUGUGCUGCCUAGUCUGGCUCUGAGCCCUGAGGAGGAGACUGAAGAGGAGGUUACUGUACAGGAAAAGGAGAAGAUGAUUAAUAUCUCCUAUGAGCUGGCAGCCGAGGCCUCCAAACGCAGCAAGCUGGUAGCAGUGAAAAGCCUGUCGUCCUCUUCCCCACCCCAUCCGCAGUCUCCCACCACCACACCCCCCCAGCUCACUGACGGUUCUCACUUCAUCCCAGGCUCUGGCCUCAGUGAAAACCUACACAUGAAGGAAGCAGCUGGGGAGGCCUGAAGCGGCUCCUGAGGACUUUCCUAAAGAGUUCAGCACAAGGCCUUUGGCUACAGAGUGAAACUGCCUACUUCAUACUCAUGGGUCUCAACCUCUGACUUCUGUAUUGCUCACUGUGACGUCUUAAGCUCCUCCCUCUUCGGGGGGCAACACUCUCCUCAACCUGGCAAGACAGCACAUGGAUUCAUACCGUUUUACUGCUGCAGUUUCAGUUUUUACAAGGCUUUUAUAAUCAUUUUUAUUAUUUAUAUGGUUUUAUUAGGUUUUUGUGUUCGAAUCUGGGCCAAAGUCUAUCUGUAUAUACAGGAGGCUAAUAGACUGAACUCUGUUCUGAGCCUGAUAGCCUGUGGCAGAGUAUGUUGGUCUGUUAUACAUUUUCAUUCAUGUUUCAUCAACUGUUCGAAAAAGUUUCAGAAGCAAGUUUCACAUUUUCUCUGCAUUUAAUUAAGCCUUUAAUAAUUCACUUAAUUUUUUCCCCCCACACAUUCGACAUCAACUAACCAGGCAUAUUUAUCCAUUUAUUGUAAAGAACAUGUGUCUAUGCUAAAGAUGAGUAGAUAAAAGAUAUAGAUCCCUCCAUUAUUAUAUAAGGAGGAACCAUUUUAUUGCUGCAGACUAAGAGUAUUUGUAAUUUCUCAUACUUCUGAGUUCUAAUUAUUUAAAGAUGGGAUUUGAAGUCCCUGGCACUUUGUUGCCAAUGCAUAUGUGAAUGUUCUGACUUGAGUCAAUCUAUACUGUCCUUUUUUUUAAUUGCUGAGAGAUAUAUUUAAACUGAGAGAUGGAAAAAGAGAUCUUGAUUAUAUUUUAUGACAAAAAAUCGAGAACAUUUAUGACGUGUUGGUUUGGAGCCCUGGAACUAAAAGAAAACAGGAUAAGGA